CUCAGCAGCAGCAGUUAUUGUUUUGUUUACAUAACGCUGUCCUUUCGAGAGCUAGGUGUAGAGAGCUAGGCAGAAGUAAAACUCCGUGGUAGCAGCUUAAGUUACCUGUCCGGGUAAAUUAUGUCUGUGAAACACGCUAUUAGCCGGGGACUCGAGUUGGGCCGGUCGGUCUUUCAGCUCGGUCUCCUGAAAUCCGGUGGCCGACUCGCAGCAAAGCUCCGAGCUGACCGUUUCCGUGCAGGCCCGUCGGUCCGCACCGCUCAGCCUCAGGCUUUCCUGCCGUCUCGGUACCGCUAUUACCGCACUUCUCUGAAAGGCCUGGCAGCUCAGCUUCAGUCCGCCGGCUUCAGGAGGUUUGCUGGCGGGUCCCCGCGUAACAGAGCUGUAUUUUUGGCUUUCGGUCUCGGUGUGGGGCUUAUCGAACAACAGCUGGAGGAUGACAGAAAGAGUGCUUCAACAUGCCAGGAGAUUCAGGCUGUUUUUAGAAAGAAGAAAUUCCAGAGUCCACUUAAGCCAUUCACCUCUGGAUAUAAACUGGAGGAUUACAUUCUAGGGAACCAGAUUGGGAAAGGCUCCAAUGCAGCUGUGUAUGAGGCUGCAGCUCAGUUUGCUCCUCCAAAGCAAAGUGCCAGAAAAUGCUCCCUGGUGCAGAUAAAAGAAGAUGAAGUGGAAACUGAGGCACCUCGGUCUCUGACGUGCUGCUCACUAAGGAACUUCCCUUUUGCUAUUAAGAUGAUGUGGAACUUUGGGGCUGGGUCAUCAAGUGAGGCCAUCUUAAAGUCUAUGUCUCAGGAGCUGGUGCCUGCAGGUCCUCAUGCCUUAAAGCAGGAAAAAGAAGAAAUUACUCUGGAUGGACAUUUCGGAGUCCUGCCCAAAAGAGUGUCAGAACACCCUAAUGUAAUCCGAGUGUAUCGGGCUUUUACUGCAGAUGUUCCAUUGCUACCAGGUGCUCAGGAGGAAUAUCCAGAUGUUUUGCCACCCAGGCUUAACCCUGCAGGCCUGGGCAACAAUCGCACUCUUUUCCUGGUCAUGAAGAACUAUCCAUGCACACUGAGGCAGUACCUGGAAAUGUCCACACCAAGCCGCAGGCAGGGCACUCUGAUGGUGCUGCAGCUCCUUGAGGGGAUCGACCAUUUGUGCAGAGAGGGUGUCGCUCACAGGGAUCUAAAAUCAGACAACGUGCUGUUGGAAUUCGACUCAGAUGGUUGCCCCCGUUUAGUGAUUUCUGACUUUGGAUGCUGUCUGGCCCAGAGCGAUUCUAGUCUGCAGCUGCCCUUCAACAGCAUUUGGGUCAGCAAAGGAGGGAAUGCUUCACUUAUGGCUCCGGAGGUGGCCACUGCAGUUCCAGGAUGUGGUGUGGUGCUUGACUACAGCAAGGCAGAUGCUUGGGCCGUGGGCGCCAUUUCCUACGAGAUAUUUGGACAGCAAAAUCCAUUCUAUCGAGCAGUGGGACUGGAGAGCAGGAAUUACCAGGAGAAGCAGCUUCCUCCUCUACCCUCCAGUGUUCCAGCUGAUGUGCAAUUCGUGAUACGCUUAAUUCUCAGGAGGAACCCAAACAAGCGCCCCACUGCCCGUGUGGCAGCUAACAUGCUACAUCUGAGCCUCUGGGGUCGGAAGGCUCUGGCUAACCAGGACAGUGUGGGCAUGAGGAAGCUGGCUGAUUGGUUGCUGUGCCAGUCUGCUGUGGUUCUCCUUAAGGGCUGUCAGGGGCCCAGUGGGAACAGAGUGGAGGCGGAGCUUCAGAGGAGUUUCCUGGCUAACCUAGAGCUGGAGGACCUGCGCACUGCUGUAGGCUUCCUCCUCUAUGGGCGAGAGCAGAGCCAGGCCUGCGUGCUGUCUGUCUAGAUUUACUCAAACACGUAGCUGAGAGUCACUGAUACGGAUAAACUGGGGCUUAAAAUUGCUUUCAAUACUCAGACUUCUGUAUGUGUGGUAUUUAUUGUUUUAGCUGUAACAUCUAAUGGCUGUGGGUAUUGUUUGAUUAUUCAUCAUGAAUUGCCAAGUGGUGUAAUUCUCCCUUUUCAAGUACCCGACCCUCAAACCUGUGUCCUUUAAUGCUGCUAAAGUUACUUAUCUGCAUUUCUCACAUAUUUGUGAAUAUGUUUCACUUGCCAUCAUCACUGUAUCAGCAGGAAUUCAAGCACUUCAAACAUUCAAGUGUUAUUGGUACCCAUCAUACAAAAAUGCAGUUUGUCUUACACGUGCAAUGCAUUGUGGAUUACUGAGACGGCUGCUGGGGAGUGAUUGUGUUUAAUUUUUCCCAACAUUUGAGUUGCUUGGCAGCAAGAAAUUCUAUUAUGAGAGUGGAUAUUUUGUUUUCCAAUUUAUGAUACGCUUUUUCAAAUCAGCCUGUGGAAAAAAAAAAAAACCAAACAAAUACUCACAUUCAUGCAGUUAUUUUUGCAACUAUGAAAAAUUUUCGUACCAGUGAAUGUGGAGGCCAAUACAGAUAGCUUAGAAAUAAUUAAAGUUAGACUCUACUGUGUAGGGUAAGACCAAGUGAAAGGUUCACAAGUAGGGCACAGUCCAUAAGGUUGCCCCUUGAAGAUCUGGUUGCCAGUGGAUAUGUGUGUUGCAGUCAGUUGUACACUGAUAUUUCACAGCUAAGGCACAUAGACCUGUCCUAAAUGCUAGAACAUAUGAAUCACAUUGAUCCUGAUGUGUCAUGCAUGAGUAAUUAAUUAAUCUUAAGGAUCUGACUUUGUUCCACAUUGCUGCUGUUUGCACUUUAUGCUCAUGUUUUGCACCUGUUCAGAGCUGUGGUUUUCAGCUAAUAUAAUAUACAGAUUUCACAAUAAUUGAAAUAUUGGGACUUAAUCCUUCAUAUUAGGAUAAUUUACUGUCAAAAAGAAUGAAAGGGAUGCAUGUAUAUGGCUUCCUACAAAAGAUUAUAAGACGGAUUUUAGAUAUAUGUUGAUUUUUUUGCAGUGUUUCAGAAUAAAAGUGUUAAAGAGC